CUGACUGACCCAGUUGGGACUCGAACCAGCGACGUUCUUGCUUGCUAUGAGGCCACAGUGUUAAUCACUGUGUUAAUCACAGUGUUAAUAAGUGUCAUCAAGAGCCGUCGUCCACAAAUUUUAUAAUUUUAAGUCAAUAUUUGUGUCAGUUUAUGCCGUUAACUUGGUAAAUUAUGCUGCUUAUAAGUUAAUUUUAAACUCUUCAUGCAGUAGAUUAAUCCAAAACCCACAGGGAAAUUCCCAUAAACAAAUCAGCGGUGAAAACGUGUGAACACAACUUGUUUCAUACAACGACGCCUAAGAAGUGUCUGAUGAUACUUUACCUGCACUUUGUGACAGCUGCUGGUGUCAUUCCAGAUUUCAAGUUGAACUAACAUAACCAUUUCACAACACAAGGUCACUUUAGACUAGAAAAAUAGGUGUAAACACUCUCUUUGUCGCCGCUUUGUCUCCAUCUGGCGGCCUGCAGCUUCAUAUCAGUUCUCCAUUAGUUUGGUCUGAAAGAAAAUCUGUGCAUCGAUUACUCUCUUAAUACCACAUUAGACUAGUGAGUGUGACGUUUAUUCUGGUGUCAUGCUGGUAUGAUCUGAUAAUAUUAUUGAAAAUCUCAUAUGCGCUCCCGAUGAUGUUGUAAUUUUCAGAUUCGAGUUGACAAUGCUCUGUUUUAACUUCUAAUAUCAUUCAUUAAAUAAUAAAUGGGUAUCAAAGAUGUCAUAUUUUAAUAUUUGACUGAUUCUGAACUGGAUCUGGGUGUAACGUUAAGCCAGGAUGAGUUUAGCCUUCAGCAGAGCUCCUCGAAAGACUGCGGGAAACCGUAUGUCCAGACUGCUGGAUGCAGAAGAGGAGGAUGAGUUUUACAAGACGACCUAUGGAGGAUUUCACGACGAAUCAGGUGAUGAAGAAUAUAAAGGUGACCUGACUGAAACAGAGGAUGAAGUGGACAGUGAUUUUGACAUUGAUGAAGGCGAUGAACCCGACAGCGAGCAGGAGGAGGACGGCCCACGGCGCAAGAGCAGAGUGGUGACUAAAGCCUACAAGGAGCCUGUUAAAGUGGUGCGUCAGAAACCUAAACAACGAAAACUGGCUGAACUUCCCAGGAGGACGGACAAGACGAAGAUUGACAAAUACAACCCACCCGAACUACAGGAUGACAUCAACAGGAAAUCAGUUCGCCAGUCCACAACUGAACACACACGACUGACAUACCUGAGGCUGCAGGAGAGGCAGGUCGCGCCACGUCGAAGGAAGGGCACAAGACAUGAGCGACCUUUGACCCAGGCAGAACUUUUGGCAGAAGCCAAGGUCACAGCCGAGAUUAACCUUCGAUCGCUCGAAAACUAUGAGCGCUUAGAGGCAGAUAAGAAACGGCAGGUUCAUAUGAAGCGCCAGUGUGUGGGUUCUGUUAUCCGCUAUCACUCUGUGCUCAUGCCAUUGGUGUCUGAUGUCACCCUUAAAGAAGAAAAUGUGGAUGUAGAGGGUUUGGACCAGGACGCCCAGCAGAAUCCUCACCUGCCACAGGCUCUUUCCCAGUCCGAAUCAACGCUUUCCGCAGCACCCGGUGUCCCAUUCACAAACACAGCUGCUGUAAACACCAAAUGCUCUCGCACCUACAUCACAUUCAGUGAUGAUGAGUCCUUCCAGCGUGUCUUUCCCCAGUCGCCUGCUCCUCGAGUACCUGUCCAGGAGGUCUGUCCUGUUACCCAUAAGCCUGCGCUCUACCGGGACCCCAUCACUGACAUUCCUUACGCUAAUGUACAGGCCUUCAGGAUAAUUCGGGAGGCCUAUAAGAAGUAUGUGGCUGCUCAUGGCCUGCCCUGCACUGGCCCAUCCACUCCAGCAGACACCACUGCAAAGAGCCUGAAGCAGAAGAUCAUUAUUAAACAAGCCAUCUAGAACAACACUGAAGUAUCUGUCUGUCUGUCUAUCUAUCUAUCUAUCUAUCUAUCUAUCUAUCUAUCUAUCUAUCUAUCUAUCUAUCU